CCUCCCCCCCUCCUUAUUCCUUCCCAUGCGCCCCCAUCUCCAUCCCUACAAGUAGGCAUCGUGGUAGGUAUCCUACCUUACCUGAGAUGGGUAAUUCGUAGGCUUUCAUCACCCGUACUCGCUCAUUCGCCUUUCCUCACUUCACCCACACCACAUCACACCCCCCUUCCACACAGCCGCACGCCCUCCCCCCUGCCUCCCCUCCCAUCCCCUCCUCGUCUUCUGGCGUAAGGCACGGUACCUGUACGAAUACCCUUCAUCUGCUUGCACGUCUGUCUUGCUGCGAUACCUUGUACUAGUGUAGGGUCGCCAGGCUAUGUGGAACCUAUCUACAUAGUUACAACUCCACGCCCUGCGAGGCACCCCUGCUUGUACUUGGCCGUCCUUCGCACUCACGCCGCCAGCCCUGUCGUUGCUGCCGCUGCCAGCCAUGUCAUUGCUCCCGGCUUGCUGGGCGGUUCGGGCUGAGCUCCUAUGAAGCCUUUGGGCUACUUUUUAUUUAAUAGCUUGCUCUCCCCUUCCUCUGCCACAUCUCGCCUCAUCAUCCAGACUUCCAACAAUCUAGACUUGAUAUAAGUUGCGAAUUGUCAACUAUCACCAAGCUUCCUCUUCUACAUCUUGAACCAAUAUCCCCCCCCGCCAUCCUCUUACACCAAGAAGCACGACAACACAACAGUCCGCUCACAAUGUCAAUGUUCACCAUGUCUCAACAUCACCAAUAUGCCUACCCGGCAACAGCUCCCGCUCCCAGAGCAUACUCUGGACACGGAACCAGCAGCGCCUUCAGCAGCUCUGCCAACCCUGAUGAAGACUGGACCAAGAUCUCCGACCUCGCUGAGCGCAGGAGGAUCCAGAACCGCAUUGCCCAGCGCAACUACCGCAAGAAGCUCAAGAGACGCCUUGAGGACCUCGAGAGACGCGCUGGCCAGGAAGGCACAUCCCCCACCGAGAAGCCCGCGGCAACCAAGAGCACCAAAACCAAAGCCGCGGGCAAGACACAAAAGACGCCCCCGCCAACGAAGACCAUGAACCAGGGCCAAUUCACUCCUCCUAUGAACAACGACGACGAGGUCUUCUUCGCACAACAGCACUACGAGGAUGACCGCGGGAGAUCCAUCACUCCUCCGUUCCUCGCAUACUCAACCUACCCUCCGGCUGAAGAGAUGAUCAUGGCUCCCGCAUACACCACACAACCGUACCCCAUGUCUGCCGCCGAGUAUCCCACAUAUCUCGCCGCAACGGUACCGGUCACACUGCCGCCCAUGAACCACUUCCAAGACGCCAUCAAGCGCGAAUCGUACCACAGCGACGACGGUCUUUCUCCCUACAUGAACUACGCGUACAUGCCCAGCAUGGACAUGAACGCGCAAAGCUCCUACGACCCCACGAACCCUCAUACUCCUCCGCUCUCACACUCGUUUGACCACUCGGCCAACUGUUCCGACGCCGGCUACGAGUAUCCCACAACACCACUCUCCAUGCCAGGAUCUCCUGGCAUGAUCCAGCAAUAGAGAGCGCAGCGCGAAAGGAGGAGGAAAAACGAACAUGCAACAUCCCUGUCUAUCGGAGCGUAGCAUUUCUGGCGACUACAAUUUGGGUUUCCAUCACCGCUUGGUUCUUUUUCGUCCACGAUCCCCCCUUUAUUUUUUUCUUUUGCACAUGUUCAGCGUGGCUUUGGCCAGGAGUUCGGGGGCGUACGGAUCGCAUGUAUUGGUCGAAGCGCUCGACCUCACGGAGAUAUGACUGGGAAUAGGCGACGGCGUUUCACUUUGGGCAGACUGAUCACAUCGAGGAUCGUCUUGUUACGAGGUUUGAUACGGCAGUCCAAAAUUCAAAAGACGAGAUUGUCCCAAACAUUCUUUGUACUACUAUAGAGAGCAACCUCAAAAAAGUAACACG